UAGGGAGUGUGAUGGUGUGGUGGUUUUGUGGAAUAAAAGCGCAACGCUGCCCUGCCUGUGUUUGCUUUUUGGUUACCACCUCACCAUCCCCAUCUAUCCUACUGCAGGUUGCAAACUAGAGCCUGUACUCAGUAUUCAUCAUGGUGGCUGUUACCUGGAAGCUGGCCUCAUGCCUGGCUCUCGUGUCCUCUGCCCUUGCCGACAGCAUCAUUGAGCGUCAGCCUCAUGCCCCCGUCGGCAAAGGCGAGAAGCGCCUGACGUUCAAUGAGACGUCACCCUCCACCUCGUUCAAGGCCGACUCUGUCUCGGUCCGCUGGCUGUCUGGCAGCAACGACGGUGACUACAUCAUCAACGACAAGGCCAAGGGUCUUGUCCGCGCCAACAUUGCCACCAACGAAAGCAGCAUCUUCCUCGGUGCCGACAAGAUCCCCAAGGAUCUCUACAAGUACACCAUUGCUCAGGAUCUGAGCUCGGUUCUCUUUGCCACCAACUCCACGCCCCUCUACCGCUACUCUUUUGAUGCCAACUACUUCUUGCUCGAUGUCAAGUCGGGCCAGUCCAAGCCUCUGGUUGCUGACCAGGGCGGCGACAUUCAGGAUGCUACCCUGGCCCCCGACGGCAAGACCAUUGGCUUUGUCCGCGGCAACAAUGUCCACAUCCGCGAGGCCAAUGGCGACAUCCACCGCAUCACCGAGAACGGCGGCCCCGACCAGUUCAACGGUAUUGCUGACUGGGUCUACGAGGAGGAAAUCAUCCGCACCCGCACUGCCUUUUGGUUCUCCCCCGACUCCAAGUACGCCGUCUACCUGAGCAUCAACGAGACCGGCGUCCAGUCCUACAGCGUCCCCUUCUACACCCGCAACGCCUCGGGCAGCAACCCCCAGGAAGUUGCUCCCGCUUACCCCCGUACCGUCGACAUCCGCUACCCCAAGGUCAACAGCACCAACCCCGUCACCCGCCUGAACCUGCUCAACGUCGAGACCAAGAAGGUCACUCCCAUUGAGAUUGACGGCUUUGGCGACGAGAGCAUCAUUGGCGAGGUUGCCUGGGUCACCGACGACCACUCCAAGUUCAUCUACCGCGUCUACAACCGUAUCCAGGACAAGGACAAGCACGUCGUUGUUGAUGUCGCCUCUGGCAAGUCCAAUGUCGUCCGCUCGCGCAGCGUUCCCGAGGGCUGGUUCCGCAACGAGAUGCGCAUCCGCUACGUCGGCAACGUCGAGGCCCACGGCAACAAGCCCUACUACGUCGACUUCUCCGACGAGGACGGCUGGAUGCACAUCUACCUGUUCCCCGUUGAUGGCGGCAAGCCCGUCCAGCUGACCAAGGGCGAGUGGGAAGUCCGCAGCAUUCUCGCUGUCGAUGCCGAGCGCGAGGUUGUCCAGAUCUCUGCUGCCAAGCGCCACAGCACCGAGUCUCACCUCUACACCGUUGGCUUCGACCAGGUCCUUGACCCUGUUGUCGACGACACCGUCCCUGCUUUCUGGGAUGCCUCGUACUCUGCCAAGGGUGGCUACUACAUCCUCUCGUACCAGGGCCCUGACGUUCCCUACCAGGAGGUCUACCAUGUUGACAAGGACGAGCCCAUCAAGACUCUUACCACCAACACCAAACUCUACAACAGACUCCAGGAGUACAACUUGCCCAACAUCACCUACUUUGAGCUCAAGCACCCCAGCGGCUUCACCAUGAACGUCCUCCAGGCCCUUCCUCCCAACUUUGACCCCUCCAAGAAGUACCCUGUUCUCUUCCACCCCUACGGCGGCCCUACCUCGCAGCAGGUGACCAAGAAGUUCCCCAGCUACGACUGGACCAUGUACCUGACCUCGGACCCCGAGAUGAACUUUAUCGUCUACGUCGUCGACAACCGCGGCACCGGCCUCAAGGGCUCCGACUUCCGCAACGUCAUGGCCGGCAAGAUGGGCCAGAUUGAGCCCGAGGACCAGAUCUGGGCCGCCAAGGAGCUCAUUGCCAAGAACACCUUCCUCGACACCAACCACUUUGGUAUGUGGGGAUGGUCUCACGGCGGCUUCGUCACGGCCAAGACUGUCGAGUACGACUCUGGUGUCUUCACUUUCGCCCUCAUCACCGCCCCCGUCACCGACUUCCGUCUCUACGACUCCAUGUUCACCGAGCGCUACAUGAAGACGCUUGAUGGCAACGCUGACGGCUACAAGAAGAGCGAUAUCCGCAACAUGGACGGUUUCCGCAACAUCAAGGGCGGCGUGGCUAUUACCUAUGGCUCUGCUGACGACAAUGUGCACCCCCAGAACGCAAAGAUUCUCAUUGACAGACUGGUCGGCGCUAAGAUCCCUGUGUCCAAGGUCCGCAUGUUUGAGUUUACCGACAGCAACCACGGCAUCAGCUACAACAAUGCUCCUUACUUCCACUACAAGUUCCUCUCCCAGAUGGUCUGGGACGAGCUACAGCGCACGGAGAAGAAGAUUGUUCACCAGUGGAGCAAGAAGUGGGUUGCCUAAACAAUUCUUUUCAUGUGAAUAGCUUUCUUUUUAAAGUAGUAUAUUGGAAUCCAGUACAAAGUUUGUUCAAAGUUUUC